AUGGACGACUACUCGUGGGUUCUGAACGCCUUAUCAGGCUUCCUCCCCGAACCGACCGCCCGCCUCCUCCACGACCACAUCCUGCACCCCAACAGCACGCUCUCGACGCUCCGGAACCACAUCUCCGCUCUAUCCCGGCGCACCCUGGGGCUCCUAACACCCUACAUCGCGCCGCUCCUCGAGCGCUCGAUCCAGGCGCUGCACGACUCGCCCGACGUGGUCGUGCUGGCCUUCCUGCUCGCCGUCCUGGUCGUGGCGAUCCAGGCCAUGCUGUGGGUGCACCGGACCAUGAUGUUCUUCACGCGGCUGGCGAUGCGGCUGGUGUGGUGGGCCGUGGUGGCGGGCCUGCUGGCGGCCGUCUGGCAGCGCGGGCCCGAGACCGCGGCGCGCGACGUCGUCGUCUUCGUGAGCAAGGCCGUCGGAUACGCCGCUGUGGUCAAGGAUAUCUGGAUGAGCGAGUAUCAGCGCUACGAUGCGCAGACCAGGGGCGGGAGCGGGGGCAAUCAGAGGCUGCCGGGCCAUGGACCAGCGCGGAGGGCUGGGAGAUGA